CCGCUCAGAGUGAGCGCUCUGUUUUUCCUCCCACUCUACUCUGCUCAGACUCAGACACGCGGCGGCUUUAGCUUUUGUGAGGGAGCAUUGAUUGUUGUGGUUCCUUCUCUCAAUCCGGAGAAAGUUCGCCUCACUCUCAGUUCAUUUGAUUUUUCAGUUAUUUUAAACUAUGGCUGACUCACAAGAGGACAAGCUUUACAUUGCGGAAUAUGCUAAAAGUGGCCGUGCAUCGUGCAAGAAAUGCAAAGACAACAUAGCUAAAGACUCUCUGCGGAUGGCUAUUAUGGUGCAGUCGCCCAUGUUUGACGGGAAGGUGCCGCACUGGCAUCACUUCUCGUGCUUCUGGCAGCGUGCAGCAGCCCACUCCACUGCGGACAUAGGAGGCUUUUCUGGGCUGCGCUGGGAAGAUCAGGAGAAGAUCAAAAAGGCCAUCGAGAGUGGUGGGUCCAUCUCAGCAGGAAAAGGGGACAAAAAAAGUGGUGCCAAAGGAGAGAAAACACUCAAUGACUUUGCAGUGGAAUAUGCAAAGUCUAACCGCAGCACAUGUAAAGGUUGUGAGCAGAAAAUAGAAAAGGAUCAGAUCCGUGUGUCGAAGAAAACCGUGGACCCAGAGAAGCCUCAACUGGGUCUGAUUGACCGCUGGUACCACACAGCCUGUUUUGUGAGCCGCAGAGAAGAACUGGCCUUCAAGACUGAGUACAGCGCAGCACAGCUGAAGGGAUUUGCUGCACUUCGGGCUGAGGACCAGGCAGAGCUCAAUAAGAGGCUCCCUGCUGUCAAGUCGGAUGGGAAAAGAAAAGGGGAUGAGUUGGAUGGAGUAUCAAAAAAACAGAAGCUUGAAGAGGAAGAAGAAAAGAAAAAACUAGAAGAACAACUGAAGAAUCAAAGUCAGUUGAUUUGGGGCAUCAAGGACAAGCUGAGAAAGAACUGCUCUGCAAAUGACAUGAAGGAGCUUCUGAUUGCAAAUGGACAAGAAGUUCCAUCAGGAGAGUCUAAUGUGGUUGACCGUUUGGCUGAUGGGAUGGCCUUUGGUGCCCUCAAACCUUGCAAGGAGUGCUCAGGCCAGCUGGUGUUCAAGGGGGAUGCAUAUCACUGCACCGGGGACAUCUCAGCGUGGACCAAAUGUGUGUUCAAAACCAAAACGCCUGCCCGCAGUGAUUGGAUCAUUCCCAAGGAAUUUCAUGAGGUUCCUUUCCUUAAGAAAUUCAAAUUUAAGAAGCAAGAUAGAGUAUUCCCCAAAGAAGCUCCUACGCCUCCCCCAGCCAUCGUUAAAGCUGAACCAAAGGCGAGUGCAUCCAGUGCCCCAAUGGAAGCAAUGCUGGAGGCACCACCAGAUAAACCCCUCACUGGUAUGAAGUUCUUGACCAUUGGCAAACUGACCAAAAACAAGGAUGACUUAAAAAUUUCUGUAGAGGAGCUUGGUGGGAAAAUAACUGGGACUGUUAAUAAGGCUUCCCUCUGCCUCAGCACAAAGAAGGAAGUGGAAAAGAUGAGCAAAAAGAUGGAGGAAGUGAGAGAUGCUGGUGUGCGUGUAGUGGCUGAAGACUUUCUGACAGAUAUCAAGUCAUCCGGGAAAGCCCUCCAAGAACUGGUCUCUAUCCAUGCCAUUUCACCUUGGGGUGCAGAGGUGAAAGUGGAAAACAAAGCUGCAACAGUGUCCUCAAAGUCCGGGGCUGUGGCUAGCAAGAGCACCGGACAAAUCAAGGAGGAGGAAGGUGGACACAAAUCUAAAAAGAUGAAGCUUACCGUGAAAGGAGGAGCAGCUGUAGAUCCAGACUCCGGUUUGGAGAACAGUGCGCAUGUCUUGGAGCAGGGGGGGAAAAUGUACAGUGCAACGUUAGGCCUUGUGGACAUUGUCAAAGGGAUGAACUCCUACUACAAACUUCAGCUGCUUGAGGAUGAUGUGCAAAAACGAUACUGGGUCUUCAGAUCAUGGGGCAGAGUUGGCACCACUAUUGGAGGGAACAAGCUUGACAAGUUCCAUGAUAAGAACUCUGCAUUGGACAAUUUCCUGGUUGUGUACAAGGAAAAGACUGGCAAUGACUGGAGUUGUUCAAAUUUUACGAAGUAUCCUAACAAGUUCUAUCCAUUAGAGAUUGAUUACGGACAGGAUGAGGAAGCUGUCAAGAGGCUGACUGCUACAGCUGGGGUCAAAUCUAAACUAGCCAAACCUGUUCAAGACUUGAUCAAGAUGAUUUUUGAUGUUGAGAGUAUGAAGAAGGCCAUGGUGGAAUUUGAGAUUGAUCUCCAAAAGAUGCCUCUUGGAAAGUUGAGUAAGAGGCAGAUUCAGAGUGCUUAUGCUCUCCUUACAGAAGUACAACAGGCUGUAACAGAUAGCGUUCCUGAGUCUCAGAUAUUAGACUUGUCUAAUCGCUUCUACACACUAAUACCUCAUGACUUUGGAAUGAAAAAGCCUCCCCUUCUCAACAACCUUGACUACAUUCAGGCUAAAGUACAGAUGUUGGAUAAUCUAUUGGAUAUUGAAGUUGCAUACAGUUUGCUGAGGGGUGGCGCCCAGGAUAAUGAUAAUGAUCCCAUUGACAUUAACUAUGAAAAACUUAAAACAAAGAUUGAGGUUGUUGACAAAGCUACACAAGAGGCAGAAGUCAUUAUGCAAUAUGUCAAGAACACACAUGCUGCUACUCACAAUACUUACACACUGGAGGUGGAAGAAAUCUUCAAAAUCAACCGAGAGGGUGAACGCCAGCGCUAUCGGCCAUUUGAAGAGUUACACAAUCGACAGCUCCUAUGGCAUGGUUCACGUACCACUAAUUAUGCAGGUAUCUUGUCUCAGGGUCUGCGUAUUGCUCCGCCAGAAGCACCAGUGACUGGUUACAUGUUUGGCAAAGGUGUAUACUUCGCCGACAUGGUCUCGAAAAGUGCCAAUUACUGUCACACAUCACAGUCUGACCCUGUAGGUCUUUUGCUGUUGGCUGAAGUUGCCCUUGGAAACAUGCAUGAACUAAAAAAGGCUGCUCAUGUUACAAAACUGCCAAAGGGAAAACACAGCGUUAAAGGUAUGGGUAGAACCGCUCCAGAUGCAAAUGCUACUGUCUCAUUAGAGGGAGUACAAGUACCUUUGGGAAAAGGUGUCAAUACAAACAUUGACGACACAAGUCUGCUCUACAAUGAAUACAUUGUUUAUGAUGUAGCACAAGUAAAUCUGAAGUAUCUGCUCAAGAUUAAGUUUAACUACCAAACAUCUCUGUGGUGAGAAGACCAUGUUCAGAUUUUCUCCAUCAAUGUACACACCACAGACGACUUUUGGAUCUCCAACAAAAGCUGUACUGUGUUACAAUGUUUUCAGAAAAUGUAUUUAGUCACUUUAAUAAAUUCACCUAUAGCUGUUAGCAGUGUCAAUUUGGCUUUGGGUAGGUCUACUUGGAUACCUAAAAAAGA